AUGAAAGGAGAUGCAGAACACACGUUGGACUUGCUGGAAACUAAUUACCCUAGUUUAUCCAACUUAAUAGUCCAUUUGAAGAUGUACCUAACGGACAAGUUAUACCAUGAGUUAACUGGCUCUUUGAUUACGUUAAUGUCGGAUCCUUCAGUCUCUUGUGACCACAAACUACAGGUUUUCGAGUCGGUUGUGCAUCCGCUAAAGGAUUCCUUCAAUAUCCUAAGCUUCUGUAAACUUUUGAAGCUCUCCUCAGAACUUUUGGACCCUAAAUCAGCACUUGAACAUUUGAGUAAAUACGAUAAGUUUAUGCAAACUGAUAGAGAAGCGUAUAUCAUGUUACAAAUCGCAAAAUCAUACCACUAUGUGAAAAGUGGCCAAACAAAAGAGUGCGAUGCAUUACUGGACUCUGUUCGUGAGACUGUGAACAACAGUCUAAACCUGGAUAUUUCUGUACAUAGCUCAUUUUAUCAUGCAUCCGCUUACAUGAACAAGAUUAUGUUCCCUUUAGACGACAUUUCUGAAAAUGAAAGGAAAACCAUCGCCGUUACCAUUACAAUUUCAUCAAUUCUGGCACCAGAUAGCUUCGGUUUUGGCGAACUGAUACACCAACCCAUAAUUGAGCACUAUUUGAAGGGAAGUGAUUAUAAUUGGCUCUACGAGGUUUUACUAAUUUUUAACGAAGGAAACUUACAACUUUUCGAGGAGGCUUUGGAGCGUUUUAAAGGACAAAUUACACACUCGGAGUUAAAUGGUCAUGAACCGGAGCUUAGAUAUAAACUAACUUUAAUAGCUUUACUGAACUUGGCGUUCAGAAAGCCUAAUAAACAGAGAUCUUUAUCAUUUCAGGAGAUAGUAGAGCACUGUAAAAUCCAAAUGGACGAAGUAGAGCCCUUUAUACUCAAGGCACUGGGUUGUAACCUUAUCCAAGGCCAUAUCGACCAAACACAAGGAACUAUCCAAGUCACAUGGGUUCAACCGAGAAUUCUUGAUACUAACAAGCUGGAAUUGGUCAGACAGAAAUUAAAAGGUUGGAUCAGCUCAACAAAUGAACUUGUUAAGGGACUAGAACAGCUUAUUGCAAAUCCUUCCAAUUAA